UAAAUCCACUUUGUUGUUAUGGCAGCUUAUAAAUUUAUCAGAUUCAUUGAAUUAUUUAUCAUAACUAUUUUGUUUUGGAUAAUACCAGUUUGGAAAGCUGAAACGCAUAAUUUUUUAGUAGAAACAAUACAUUUGUAUAAAGAAACCGAAAUGUCGACUAAACAGAUAUUCAGUUUAGAUUUCGAGGUCUUUGGAAAAGUACAAGGAGUGUUCUUCAGAAAGCACACCGAAAAGCAGGCAAAGCUUCUGGGAUUACGAGGAUGGUGCAUGAACACUUCCCAGGGUACUGUCCGCGGACAAAUGGAAGGAGCACUUGAUAAAGUCAAUGAAAUGAAGUUCUGGUUGCAAAGUAAAGGUAGCCCCAAGUCACGUAUAGACAAAGCUGUGUUUUCAGAAAUGAAAGAAAUUCCUGAUUACAGCUUUAAUGCGUUUACAAUUAAACAUUAAGGAUAGUACAUAUUUGAAUCUUAAAAUUGAAUGAAAAGUUUCAAAAUCGUCUAGUUUUUUCAUCAUAUUUUAUAAUAUAUCUUCAUUUCGGAUACAACCCUGUGAAGUAGAUAAUGCAGUGUAGUGGAAAAUGAGCGUGACCAUAGCAUGUUUCGACCUCUUCAAUGCAAAUAGCUUGCACUUGCGUGAAAUUAUACAAUUGAUUUACGAAGCAAUUAAUUUGUGAUUGAAAACAUUACGGAAGGCUGAAUGUUACGAAGUGAUUCUAAAACGGAGUUAUAAAAAUUUAUAUCCAGGAUUUUGCAGCCCUAAUAAAGUAGUACCAAGUGCGUGUUAUUUCACCCUCAAUGCAAGUGAUGCCACACUUGUAGCAAAAUUUGCAUAUAUAUAUAACUGGUAAUUAAUAAUUUUUCAUAAAGAAUCAAUAAAUAUACGUUUCUUGAGUGGGUGAUAAUAAUUUAA